UCAAACUAACUUAGGCAUCUUAGGAACUGAGGAGCAUUCGCCUCGCUAAAACUUGCGAUGAAGUUAUUUUAGCGGAUCCUGCCCACCCUCACUUGCCCUCUCCCAUGUUAUCGUAAUGAACAUCUGGUCAUGGAGCUCUGGGGUAGGAGACACUGGCCGAGUUUGUAGGGAGAGUACAGGAGAAGUCAUCACAGCUGACAAUGGAGACCGUAGAACAGCUCGUGUCCUUUAAUCACAUCCACGUCCAGCUUCAAGGAGGUGCUCCGUGGGGAUUCACGUUAAAAGGGGGACUUGAGCACGACGAACCGCUUAUCAUAACUAAAAUAGAGGAUGGGGGGAAGGCGGCCCAGAGUCUUACGCUGAGAGUGGGCGAUGAGCUGAUCAACAUCAAUGGCUCGGUGCUCUAUGGGUCGCGUCAGGAGGCUCUCAUCCUCAUCAAAGGGUCCUACCGCACACUCAAGAUCAUUGUCCGCAGGCGCAGUGUGUCUCUCAGUAGACCUCGCUCAUGGCACCUGUCCAGGCAGGCAGCGCCCGCGAGUGUGACUGGCACCUCAGACAGCCCAUCGGAGAUGCAGCUCCACCCUGCUCACUUCCCCACACCUUGGCCCUCCAGCAACAACAAUAGUGAUCUGUCUAUGCAGUGGAGGCCUCUCUCACGACACCACAGCAACUCAGGGGGCAGUAUGGAGAGCCUGGAGACCCCACCCAGCCAGAGUUACUUUGAUAGCCAGCUGUCACCAGUUGACCCGGCUAUUUUCAACAACAAGAGAGAUUCAGCCUACAGUUCCUUCUCCGCUAGUUCUAACACUUCAGACUACACAGUGUCCCUGAGGCCAGACGAUGCCAGUUCAAUGGACAACAUCCUCCAGGGCCUGGGUGCAGGCCGUCCAGAGGGCCGUCCAGAGGGUCGCCCACGCCCAUCUUCUGCCAGUGGCCCAGGAGACCUGCAGGAAGAAUCUGGAAGUCUCAAAACCAGGUUGGUCUUUCUUAGGCCUGAGGCAAAGACCCGACCUUCAUCUUACAGCUAUGAGGACGAGCACAGUGGACCCCCACAGCCUCCAGCAAGAAAGGACAGCUUUAGAGCCAUCCGAGCCCGACCAGGGGCAUUAGACAAACGCUGCAUCUCCGCCCCUGGAGGCAUUCCUAGCCCAUCUAGCUGCCUUGUGGAGGAUCCGCAGCGAAGACACACACUUUUUGAAAAAAGAAAUGGCUUUGAAAAUGGCACUAUAGGAAAAGGGAGAUCUUCAACGGGUAGCAGUGUAGAACCCUACUAUAUAAUCACCCCAGGCACAGAACCAUGCCCACACCAGUGUCAAGAUGAAGAAAGGAAGAACAAACUCCAAGAAAAUCACAUUCAAAGUCUGCAGAAGGGCACACCCAGUCCAAGGCUCCAAAUCAUUCAGAGCCUAACAGAAGGAAGUGACAGUGAAAAGUCCCUAGAUAUCCACCUCAAGCCUCAAGAGCAUCUAUUUGGGUCUCACCAAUACAGUGCCACUGAGAAACUGCUAGCUCCCCAGACCCAGCUGCUUGAGUUCUCUAAUGAUCAAAGGGACUGCCCUUUGUUGGUCUGUAGCAAGUGGUCACAGCCACUCUUGAAUCCACAGGAAGAACAGGGAGAACCUGGUAGCCCAGAUUCCUUAACUCCAAACAAUUGGAGUGGGAGUAGAUGUUCCACAGCAGGGUCCAGUGCUUUCCCUAACUGGGAGAAGCCCUGUAGAGACACAGAAACCCUGGAUUCAGCCCGAAUAUCAGCUCCCCUCCAGCAUGCCUGGGGCCGUUCUGUAAGUGUACCGGGCGAACAGGUGAAUGGGUUCUCCAGCUCUGCAAAAUCAGCAUCGUCGAACUCAGUUGUCGUAGAGCAACAAUUUCAGCCCAUUAGUUCAGCGGUCAGUAUGGAUGCCAUGCUAGAAGAAAAUCAAGAAAAAAUAGAACGAGGAGAUGAAGUUGAAAUCCUGAAGCCAUUCCAAAAGUCCAGCUCCUCCCGGCAAUUGCGGUCCUCAAAGUCGCGUCGUCGCAAUGAGCGUUUUGCCACCAACCUCCGCAAUGAGAUACAGCGCAAGAAGGCUGAACUGCAGAAAAGCAAAGGACCCGAUGGGCUGUUCCGUGAUGGAGAGACCGUACAGGAGGAGGAGUGCAGCGAGUUCUCAGUGGAGAGAGAAGAAACUCUCAAGAAAGAAGAAAUUCCGUUAACAUCCUCAGAGAUCCAGCCAUCAGUCUGUAAGUGUAGCUCUCGCGUGAGCCACUCGGAGAGCGAGGAGUUUCCACCUUCGGGGCAGCUCGGCAAACUGGCCUCAACCUCCAGCCCUCAGCUCCACCAGCCACUAGUGGCUCCCCCUCUUGACAAAGGACCUUCAGGGCUUAACGCAGCCUGCACGGUUGAGCACCUGCCCCCUAAACUGGAUCACAAGAGGAAGGUGGAGGAAGUGACAGCUGCUAGUACGGCCCGCCGUUGGCGUUGGACCCCAGAGCACAAGCUCCAGCCUGAAACGGAGGCAGCAGAAAGAAGGCGGGGGAAGGGGGAAGGGCUGCCAUCCCCAGGCUGUGGCGUUGAACAUCAGAGAACAAACCCACCGUCUUUUCGUCGCUCAUCCAGUCGAACAGUUGAGAGUGACAUCCUUCCCUUUGCUGACCGCAGGAAGUUUUUUGAGGAGACCAGCCGCAAUCUCAGCCACUCGGUCUCAAACCUUUCGAGGAUGAACAUUCAACAGCAGAAACCUGAGCGGCAGUGGUGUCAGCCCAAUGUGUCUUACCUGGAUUCAGCAGGACCUGGGCCUGCACCUCCGCUAGCCUUCAGGCGGUUCUCCUACCAGGGAGGUCUCCAACAGGAUGGGCUUUCCAGACCCCCCGCUGUGGAGAGCCAAGAGCGGAAUAGAGGCAAAGACAGAGCAUAUGAUGACGCUGUGGAGAGCAGAAGGCGGUUUGGAAGCGAAAGCCAAGAGCGGAAUAGAGGAAAAGACCGAGCAUAUGAUGGCGCUGAGGAGAGCGAGCUGGAGAGACUGAGGGAGGCGGCGAGGGAAAAGGUGCGGGAGUUGGAGAAGUUGAGAGAGAGGGAGAGAGAGAUGGAGCUAGAGCAAGAAAGAAAAAGAGAAAGUAAGAGUGAAGCAGAGCUUCUACAGAGGGAAUGGGAAAGAGAGAGAGACCUUAACAAUCAAAUCGAGAGUGUACAACUGACUAAAAAUCUGAACACGCAUAACAGGGAGAAGUGGGAAAUGGAGAGUGAAUCUUCAUGGAGUGACCAUGGUUUCUAUAGUGACUCGCCACAACCUGUGACUCAGGACUCCCGUCCAAGACCACAGCACAGUCAUCCCCUGCAACCAUCCCACUGUCAUCAAACCAUUGGCCAUGGAGAGUCUGAUCAUCUCUGCUCUGCCUUUGACCCCGUGGGUGCUCCGGUUCACUCCAACACCCAAUGUCCACCACCUGAAUACGCCCUGAGAAGCUACACCCCCCCAGAGGCAUAUCCUGUGAGCGAGCGGGAACAAACAAAACUAAACAGGAAGUUCAGCUUGACUGAGAGGGACUACUCACAAUGCAGACAUGACUGCAGCCUUGGAAAUGGAGCUGGUUGCCAGGGUUACCAUGGUCAAAGAAGGAACAGGGUUCCUGUGAGCAGCCGGUCCGAUUGCUUUGGUUCGUCCUCACCACUCCGCAGUCGUGCGAUAUCUGAAACCAACCUGAGUGUGGAUCAGAGGUUCUCUCAUAAGCGAGUACCGACUGAAACACCUGCCUUGAAAGAGGAACGGGGCAGAUCCUUCUCAAGUCUAGCCAGACCCAAAGCCCUGCCCCCACCUCGCCCCCCUCCUCCAAAAUGGGAUCAGUACUAUCGGCGGAGGGCUUCCCACCACAGCCUCUUCCCCUCCUCUACCCAGCCCCAGUCUUCAGCCCUGCACGUCCAGCCAGAGCCCAGUCCCUCUCCCUCUCCCUCUCCACUCCUGAGCACUCCUGAGGUGAAGAGACAGCGGGCCUACAGCCUGCCGCCAAGGGAGGGCCCAGCCAGCUGGCAUCUCCGUCAGGAGCGGAGUCCAGCCCCACCCAGCCCCACCCACGUACACGGAGCCUUCAGGCCAGUGGACCCAGCACCAACCGAGAACGUCACACCCCUUAAUCCACCUGAACAGUGCUCACGAUUAUUUGAAGCUGGAACACUGCGUCAGGAAGAUCAUGUUCAGUCACCGGUCCUGAAGCCUGUAUCUCUGAAACCCUGGGGCGCCGCUGAGUGGGACUGCAGUGUGACACAGAGACCCAGCAGCGGGACACAGAGACCCAGCAGCAGCAGUGUGACACAGAGAUCCUGCAGUAGGGACAGCACCCCAGCACUGCCCCCUGCUGCACCAGUCCAGGAAGACGCCUCCAAUGAGCGGGAGCUGACCUCCGAGUCUUACUUCACCAUUGACUACCUGUCCCAGCAGAGGACAGGGUCUGGCGCCCCACAGCUCUGCUACAGGCAGCUGGAGCACUCCAGAACAUGCACUGAGCCCCCGAGACAGGACGCAGAUGCACCCAUGGAGACGGACAUCGAUGACCUCCCUGAGGGGGAGACCCUGGAGGAGGAGUGCAGAAGGCCAGAGGUCCGGGGGGAGAUGCAGUGCUUUGCGUGCCCCAUAACUGUACUGGAGACGGACAUGGAUGCCCUCCCACAGGUGGAGAGCCCACAGGAGGAAGCCAAGCUGGGUCCGAGGGCUCUGGUGGAACACCUUACUCUGGAGCGCAGCGGAGACACACUUGAGAGGUCGCCCCCUGGACUCAAUGCAGAUGCAAUGCAACCCAACAACACCGCGUAUUACAACAAGUCUGCAGCUAAUGUCCAGCUACUCAAUCAAAUGAUGGCAUCCCUGAACAAGAGGAAGAAUGAAGAUGAGGAGCUCAACUACAAAAGGCAGCUAAUGGAGAGCUUGCGUAAGAAGUUGUGUGUGCUGCAGGACGCUCAGCGAGAUUUGCAGGAGGACAUCAAAGCCAACACCCAGCUGGGUGAAGAAGUGGAGGCCUUGGUUAUGACCGUUUGCAAACCCAACGAGGUGGACAAGUUCCGCAUGUUCAUCGGGGACCUGGAGAAGGUGGUGAGCCUCCUGUUGUCCCUCUCCGGCAGGCUGCUGCGCGUGGAGAGUGCCCUGGACUGCCUGCAUGUGGAGACGUGCCACACUGAAAGGCUCCCCCUGCUGGAGAAGAAGACACAACUGCUGCUGCAGCUGGGCGAGGCUCAGGAGCUGAAGGAGCACGUGGAGCGGCGGGAGGAGGCAGUGGGGCGCGUGCUGGGCGGCUGCCUCACCCCGGAGCGGCUGCGUGACUACAAACACUUUGUCAAGAUGAAGGCUGCACUCUUGGUGGAGCAGAGGCAGCUGGAUGAUAAGAUGCGUCUGGGGGAGGAGCAGCUCCGCGGCCUGAGGGACAGCCUGGGCCAGGGAGGAGGGCUGGACUAUGGACGUUAUUGAGAUCACGGAGGCACAAGGGUUAGGUAGGGCUAGAUGCCAGACUCUUCCCCAAAGUAAGCUGGAGAGUGAUUAGCUCUUCAAGGACACUACAGCUAUUAUCCCUCCGCAUUUUGCUUUUGCAUUUGGUGCCUUUUUCACAGGAUUUGUUCCCAAAUACUGCCAUAGGUGCUUCCUGAGAACACUAUACAUGGCACACAGUAACAUACUUUUGGUAUGGGUGCUCUCGCGGCUGAUACUUUUAAUGGAAACCCAAGAAGGAUAUACUAAAUGUUUUAACCAAAGAAAUUUAGUUUGUUUGUGUGUGUAUGUCCCUCUGAUCUAAACUGAAGGAGUGUCAAUGCACUGCUAUUUAUUUAUUUAUAAGUGUUGGCCGAGUAGCCAAAAGAAAUGUGUGUGCUAAUAAAUGAAGCAGUAUUGUAUAGCGCAGCAGGAAGAGAGAAAAGCUGAAUCUCCUGCACAUCCUCAGCACAACUCCCUUAACAGAAGUAAACAGGCAAUGGCUUUUGGACCAGAUGCAGGUAAAAUGACACUGUUUUAUCAAAAUGAUGUAAAUUGCUGUUUGACCAUGGGCUGGUUAAAGAGCCCUUGUGACAUGAGUCAAAAUAAUACUGUUGAUUUGCUUCUCAAAUGGCUGCUGGUAAAUUAGCGGAGGUAUAUUAACUUAGUGCAUUUUGUCAGCUACACUGGGGUAUGCGCACUAUUUCUGACAUAUUCUUUAUGUUUGGCAGUGUAACUAACUAUAAUUCCAGUAUAGUACCUUUUUCUUGGGAUAGGUCUAAGUAAAAAAAAAAGAAAGAAACAUGCUAGCCUGGUAUGGCCAGACACAUAUCCACAUAAUGAAUAGUGCUCUGGCCAAGCCCCAUUGUGAUUUAAAAUCCAUCUGUGGAGUGGAGAUGGGCAUCGCCCUGGACUAACCUUUAACCAAAUAGGGUAGUACUGCAACAUAAUCAGUUUCUGGAACUUGACUUCGUGCAAUCUGCAGUGUAAGAUCAACAGGCAGUGAUAACAGAAACAUUUUUGGUUAAUAAGUGGAAUUUACAGUUUACAAUUACCAACCUGGCUAGCAAACUUUAACAGCCAUGUUACCAUUGCCACACACAACUCAUAUUCUACCCAUCUAUUACCCAUUUAACAUAAUCUCACGUUACAGAUCGGAGGACCAAUGUCUCUGUUAUUUUGCCUUUU